AUGUCAUCCUCAGAUCCUAAGACCAGAGAAUGGGAGAACGAUGUUGUCGGAUGGGAUUCACCAGAAGACACGAGCAAUCCUAUGAAUUGGCCAAAGGGAAAGAAGAUUCGAACUACUUUGCUGUUAGGUGUCAACACCAUGUGCGCGACUUUCGCAUCUUCCAUCUUUUCCGCCUCUUCACCUUAUAUCGCCAGACAGUUCCACAUCGGAGAUGAGGUCGCCUUGCUGGGUCUCUCGUUGUACCUCUUGGGAUUCGCCAUUGGUCCAAUUAUCUUCGGUCCCUCUUCUGAACUGUUCGGACGAAGGCCCACCAUCAUCCUACCCAUGUUCAUCUUUGCUUGUUUUAGCGCCGCAACUGCCACGGCUUCGAAUUUGCAAACAAUCUUCAUCACUCGAUUCUUUGGAGGCGUCAUGUCAAGUUCACCCGUCACCAUCGUUGGAGGAGCACUGGCAGACUUUUGGAGCCAACGGGAUAGAGGUAGCGCAAUUGUCAUCUACUCGCUUUGUAUCGUAGGCGGACCGACUCUAGCACCCGUCAUAGGGGCAGCCAUCUCAGAAUCCUAUCUCACCUGGAGAUGGACAGAAUAUCUCUGUGUCAUCCUGACCAUGACUGUCGUCUGCUUGGACGUCUUGUUCCUUCCAGAAACAUCAUCCGCCAUUCUUCUGUCCAACAAAGCCAAGCGACUUCGACUCGAAACUGGCAGAUGGGCACUCCAUGCGAAAGCAGAGGAGGUUGAUCACUCUCUUUCGACUUUUGUCCACAAAACACUCUCUUUGCCCCUCCAAAUGUUAGCCAAGGAGCCGAUGGUCCUCUUGGUCACUACGUACAACGGCUUCUCUUAUGGUAUCCUGUAUGGCCUAUUUGCCGCGAUUCCCAUCAUUUUUGAAGAGAACAGAGGGUGGGAUCCAGUACCUGCAGCAUUACCAAAUCUCGCUACUUUGGUCGGGACAAUCCUGGCAGCGGCUAUCAAUAUGGGCUACGCCAAAAUCAUCUUUGCGAGGUAUAUGGACACUCACGGUGGUAAAGCACCUCCAGAGAAACGUUUACCACCCAUGAUGAUUGGAAGUGUCUGCUUUCCCAUCGGCUUCUUCAUCAUGGGCUGGACGAGUUAUCCUAGGAUCAAUUUUUUCCCCAGUCUGAUUGGACUCACAGUGGUCGGUAUGAGUUUUCUGCUCAUCUUCCAAUCUGGGAUCAAUUACCUCAUUGACGGGUACACCAAGAAUGCCGUCUCUGCAAUCGCCGCCAAUACAUUUCAGCGUUCCCUUUUCGGCGCUGCCAUACCCCUCGUGACCAGGCCAAUGUUCCACAACCUCGGAAUCCAGUGGGCAUGCACCCUCUUGGGUUGUAUAGCGGCGCUUUUGGGCGGUAUCCCAUUCCUCUUCGAAAGAUACGGGCAGAGGUGA